CGGGCGCUUGGGGCAGAGACGCUGACAUCUCUCCCUAAGGGAGUUCUGGACUGGGGAGCGGGUGGGUGGAGGGGCGCUAAUCUGACCCGGAGGAGACCGCAUCAGCGCCGGCCUGGCAAGCUCAGGCCGCGCCUUGUCUGGUUCGAUCCUCCGGCUUCACCCCGACCCAUUCUCUCUUUCUGAAGUGGAUUUGUGUAGGGUCCCGGGGGAUCCCUGUUUAUCAGAUCUAGCCCCCAUCCCUUUUACUUCCCGGCACCGUUGUCCUGCAGUUCCCGUCCCGCUUCCCCUUGGAUCAGUCUAUUUCCGCUGAGGCGAUCCCCAACCCUUCGCAACCGGACCAAUGCGGACUGUUGUCUGAAUAAAGCUUUACCCCUCACAAAAAGCGCUCCUAGUCCUUCUCUUAAGCAUUCUUAAGAAGCGAGCAGAACCUGGAAGGACUCUGGGAUUUGGAAAUAGAUAAAUGUGGGUUCGCAUCAUAUUUUAUUAGCUGUGUGAUGCUGGCCAGGUCACCUAGCUUCUGUGAGUCAAAACCAAAUAAGUGGGUGUGGCAUCCACCUCGUAGAGUAGUUGAGAGGAUCAGGAUGAAUUUGUAACAUACGUAAGCCUCCUUUUCAUUAAUAACUGUGAGAUAUAGGCACCUGAGGAGACUAGAUGAGGCCUGAAGAGGUAAAAUGAUUUGCCAAAAGAUACAUAGGUAUGACCAGGAAUCCAGGUUGUCAAGACUCCAAACUUUAUGUUCUUAGUUCUAGGACAUUCUACAGUUACUCCUCCCCUUUUUUUGUCACCAUCUUACCACCAUCCCAUCCUGUAUCUCACAUCCAGGACCCAGGUGACAGGGUCCUUCCCUCUGAAGUUGAAGUGUUAGAGUCUAUCUAUCUGGAUGAACUACAGGUGGUUCAAGGAAAUGGCAGAUCGUCACCAUGGGAGAUCUACAUCACCCUGCACCCUGCCACUGCAGAAGACCAGGAUUCACAGUAUGUCUGCUUCACUCUGGUGCUUCAGGUCCCAGCACAGUAUCCCCACGAGGUGCCACAGAUCUCUAUCCGUAACCCCCGAGGACUCUCAGAUGAACAGAUCCACAAGAUCUCACAGGCGCUGAGCCACGUGGCUGAGACUGGGCUGGGCACUGCCAUGCUCUAUGAACUCAUCGAGAAAGGGAAGGAAAUUCUCACAGAUAACAACAUCCCCCAUGGCCAGUGCGUCAUCUGCCUCUAUGGUUUCCAGGAGAAAGAGGCAUUUACCAAAACACCCUGUUACCACUACUUCCACUGCCACUGCCUGGCUCGGUACAUCCAGCACAUGGAGCAUGAGCUGCAGGCCCAGGACCGGGAGCAGGAACAGGAACGGCAGCACACCGCAACCAAACAGAAGGCUGUUGGUGUGCAGUGCCCAGUGUGCAGAGAGCCGCUCGUGUAUGAUCUUGCCUCACUAAAAGCAGCCCCUGAACCCCAACAGUCCAUGGAGCUGUACCAGCCUGAUGCAGAGAGCUUGCGCCAGCAAGAAGAGCGCAAGAGGCUCUACCAGAGACAGCAGGAGAGGGGGGGCAUCAUUGACCUUGAGGCUGAGCGUAACCGGUACUUCAUCAGCCUCCAGCAGCCUCCUGUCCCUUUGGAACCUGAGUCAGCUACAGAUGCCUCUGGAGGAUCCCACCCACCCAGUGCCCUUGCCACAGAACCGUCCACCUCAUCAACUGCUCAAACCACCCUGUCAGCUCCUCUGCCUCUGGCCUCCCAGUACACAUUUGAGAAGAUUCCAGGGGUUGGGCUAAAUCAGCAAAAGCUGGGCGAGACCCAGAAAGCUAUGCUAGAUCCCCCCCGGGCCAGUCGAGGCCCCUGGAGACAGCCUGAACGGAGACACCUAAAAGGAGGGGAGUGCAAUGCCCUCAAAGGAACCAGUGACACCCAGGAACUGCCACCUCCUGAGGGGCCCCUCAAGGAGCCCAUGGACCUAAAGCCAGAGUCCCGUAACCAAGGGGUGGAAGGUCCUCCCCAAGAAAAGGGGCCUGGCACCUGGCAGGGUCCCCCGCCCCGCAGGACUCGGGACUGUGCCUGCUGGGAGCGCUCCAAGGGUCGGACACCGGCUUCUUCCUAUCCCCGCCUGCCUCGGGGUCGGGGAGCCUACCGGCCUGGUACUCGAAGGGAGCCUGUGAGCCUCGAAUCGGAGGAUGGUUCCUAGCAGGACUGUGGGGGGACAGGGAAGUGGGGGCGGGAGGGGGCAAUAAAGAGAUUGGCCUUGUUUGGCUUUCCUUA